AUGGAAUAUAACUGGGCUAAUUAAAUUUUAAAGUACACAAUAUACCCAGGCAAUCACGGGUAAGAGAUCAGAAAUAUCCUCUUAGAGAAUAAAAACUUUGAGGAGAUUCCCUACACUUAAGAGGAGAAAUGUAUGAAGGAAUGUAAUCUUGUUUGGAAACCCAUAGAUCUAUCAUUCAAGGCACAAACUAUGUGGGAUUAAAUGAACAAAUAACUGGGUCCAAAUGUGCCAAGAAUACUUAACAAUCUUGAGAACAUGAGAAACAUCACAACAAAGACUGGAUUAAUUCGCUCGCUUAGGAGAUACUAUACUGAUAUCUAGGAGCAGAAUCCAAAUAUGGAGGUAACUUAGGUGUUUGAUAUAGUGCCAACCACAUUUAUUGUCAGUUCAUAAUACAAGACAACUGACAUGUACAGAUUUAUAAAGCGUUUCUCAGAUCUUGCUGGAAGUGAAGGCCUAAGUCUUAAAGAAAAUCUGCCUGCCAAGCAUUGUUCCAAAAAUAUGUGGUUAUUGAAGCCUGCUACAUUGAAUUAAGGUAGAGGAAUCUAGAUAUUUAGCAAAAUCAACUAAAUAUUUGAGUACUUAGAAAACAACGAUACUCAAAAUAACUACUGGGUCAUAUAAAAGUAUGUUGAGAGACCUCUCUUGUUUGAAAAGAGGAAAUUUGACAUCAGGAUAUGGGUACUUGUUACAUUAGGAACGAAUGGAGUAGAUUUGAAUCUCUACAUGUACCAAGAGGGUUAUCUUAGAACUUCAAGCAGCAAUUACGAUUUACAAGAUGAAAAUAAAUAUGUACACCUGACCAAUAAUUGUCUAUAGUAAAAAGGUAACUAAUAUGGCCAGCAUGAGGACGGUAAUACUCUAAGUUUUUAAUUUUUCCAAAAUUAUCUAAACAAAGAAUUUAAAGAUCUAAAGAUAGACAUCUAGCGAGAUUUUAUCCCAAGAAUGAAAGAUAUUAUUAUUGAUACAAUUUAAUCAGUAAAAUAGGAUUUGAAUCCUUAAAAAAGAAAAAACCAGUUUUAGCUUCUAGGAUACGAUUUCUUAAUUGAUGAAGAUUUCAGAUUAUGGUUGCUUGAAGUUAAUAAUAAUCCUUACCUUGGAAUUCCAAAUAACUUCAUUCAGAAUCUACUCCCUUAAAUGAUCAGGGAUAUGUUCAAAAUAGUCAUUCCUGGGUCAAGUUAUAAGGAUAUCGAUAAUAAUUAAAAUAGAUUUGAACUGAUACUUUCAGAUGUACCAGAAUAUUCCUAAAGGAGAUCAUUUGGAUUAGAAUUAUUAUAUCCUAUAGAAUAAGUUAAACAGGUUAUUGGUAAAGAAAAGAAAAAUGAUAUCCUCAAAAUCAGAAAGGAAAGAUUUAAGCUGUAAUAAUAGAUCAUACAACAACAAAACUUUGAAAAGCUUUCAAAGUAUACUAUAAGUGUUGUGAAUGAUUAAAAUAGUAGAGUGACUUUAAAUAUCGGCUAUUUAUCUGGUAAGAAGGAUCUCCAAAUAUAUACUUAGAAGGAAAUAAUUUCAUAGCUCUCAACAGGGUCUUAAAGCAGCAGAGUUAAGUUAAAUCCUGUUCAGAAAUAAGAGGAAUAUAAAUAGCUUCAAUAAAUAAUUGAAUAGAAUCAGCAGCUACUUGCGAAAAUCAAUGGUAGGACUCCUUAAAUCAGCACAUUUGAAUAGGCAAUAGCUUCAGCAGAAACUUUAGGGUUAUUGUAAUAAUAAUUCAGUAAAUAAAAAACUAGAUAGCGAAACGAUAAUUUUAAAAAAGAUAUAUUAUAAGAGACCAAAGAUUUGUGCACUAAGAAAGAGAUAGUUAUUACUUAGAGUCAAUUUGAUUACUUGCUCAAUAAAAUGAUAGGCAAGAUAUAAUAAUGGGAGCUAUUUGAUGAUAAGUAGAUCAAGAAAUGCCUUGAUGCAUAUGAGGUCUUGACUAAUUCAAAAGGAGCUAUGUACUUCCAAAAUCAAAUGGUUAUUGAUAAACUCAUAAAAUUAAUUGAAAAUGAUUAGAUACCUUAAAAGUAUAGAUUACCAUUAUUUGAGAAUUUAGAAAUAUUUGCAAAGGCUUUAAGUUAGUAAGUUGGGUUUAUAGAAAACAAAUAUAUGAUUGGGGUGUUAUAAAAUUUUAUCAAGACUAAGCUAGAUAAUAUGAGUGAUGAAAAUGCUCAAAAAUUUGGAGAUAUAUCGUAUAGAAUAUUCAUAAUGUGUCUACAAAUUGAUCAGAAUAAUUUAAAAUUGUAUGUUCCAAAGCUUACAAAGGAAAAAGAACAACUAAAAAUAAAAGCAAUUGAAAAUGGGAUUUUAUUGUUUUUAGUCAAAAUAUUAUUACAAAAGAACCUUGAUAAUGAAUUGUAGACUCAAAUAUUAUCAAGACUAAAAACAAAAGACUUACAUCUGUAGCUAGAUUUACUAUAAUAAAGACCAGAUGUUAUUGAUUACCUACAUGAGCUAGAUUUUUUGAAAGUGACCUACCACAAACAAAAAAUAGAAUAGGAGUAGUAAAAAUAAAAAGAAAAAGAACUAAAGCUGAAACAGCAAGAAGAUGAAAAGAUUAUGAAAAUAAAAUAUGAGGAGGAAAAGGAGAAAAAGCGAAUAAUGGCUGAUGAAUGA